AUGAUUGGCAAAUAAUGGAAUGUUCUGAAUCAAAUGCAAAAUGCAUUGAAUCCAAAAAAUUUGUUUUUCAUUGAUUUUGGUCCCUUUUUCCAGCAUUCACCCCAAUUUACCAAAUUUUUGUAUUACCUUUAGUUUUUCCAUUGAAACCAGAAAUGAACUUGUUUACAAAACUACAAGGCGUGUGAGAAAAAACCGCUGAUCAGUCGCCAUGAGUUAAACUGUUACACGAUUGAUGAUUUUUAAAGAUGUUCGUAAAUUGUUUUUUAAGGCAAAUAAUAUUUAGAAUUUAGAAUGACAUUACAAACAAUGAAGAGAGUAAUUUCGCUUCUUCCCUCUGCAGCUGAAAUAGUUGCAUUAGUAGCUGGUGAUAAUUUAACUGUUCAGCUCGUAGGAAGAAGUCAUGAGGAUGAUUAUCCAGCAUCAGUGAAUAAUUUGCCGAUUCUAACUGCACCAAAAACUAAAUUUACAACAACCGCUGAUGUAGAUACACAAGUUUCUCAAUUUCUCGCGCAGGGAAAUAGUCUUUAUACAUUGGAUACAGAAAAAUUGAAGAGCUUAAAUCCUGAUAUUAUAGUUACGCAGGAUUUAUGUCACGUAUGCUCUGUUGAUUUAAAUAUGGUACAACGAAUCGCAAAAGAAAUGGAUCCGGUUCCGACCAUUGUGGCUUUGAAUCCUAUGUCACUCGAUGAUGUUAUCAAAUCAAUUGAUGACGUUGGCUCUGCUCUUGACAUGGUUAACGAAUCUAAUUUAGUAAAGUCAAAAUUAUUAUCACGUGUAAAAUAUGCUCGAGAUAUUGCGUUCCAAAGCCAUACAGCUGGUAAAAAGCGCUCUCGUGUAGCAUUCCUUGAAUGGCCUUCUCCGAUCUAUUUAGGAGGUCAUUGGACACCACAAAUGAUUCGUUGGAGUAAUGGAGUACAAGUGGUGAAUGAUUGUAAGGAUGGAGAGACUGCUGAAAUGGGAGCACCGCCAUCGUUUCGCGUCCCACCACAAGAUGUUAUCGAUUCUCAUCCUGAAAUUCUUAUUAUUUGUCCUUGUGGAUUAAAUCUUGAAGCAACUAGAAAAGAAUACGAAGAAACAUUAUUACCUUCAGAAUGGUGGCCGAAAUUAGCCGAAAAUGCCACCAAAAUAGCUUUGGUUGAUGGAAAUCAGAUGUUUAAUCGUCCAGGACCUCGUCUCGUAGAUGCAUUAGAAUGGCUUGUUGGAUAUAUAAAUGAUAUUCCAGAAAUGAUUCCAGGAAAUUUUCCGUGGGAGAAUUUAAAAUCAUAAACAAUUCAAAUUUUAAAUAUUUCAUUUUAAAUCCUUUCAUUUUAUACAUUAACCGGGAUUAUUAUUUCUCUCAAAAUAUAUAACCCUUUGAGAUAUUUAAAAUUCCUUUUGUUUGUUGGACACUUAAUGAUCAUUGAAAUUAAGUAUUUAAUUGUAAAUUUGCAAUUUAAAUUUUUUAUAAAUAUAUUUAAUAUAUAAAAAUAAAGUUUUAAUUCAAAAUAAGUGAUUUUUAUAAGACGCUUUAUAAAUAACAUCAUAAAAGAAUAAAAAUCGAUGCAAAAUGUUUUGUUUAAAUAGAUUAACACAGAAUCCAUCAAAAUUUUUAUUUGGAAUCUAAAUGUUUUUGAAUAUAAAUAUUCCAUAAUCAAAUAAUUUAUAAUCUUUUUUUUUUUCUUCAAUAUCUAGGUGGUGCAUAC